UAUAGCGAAAUCGUGAAGUCCUGUAAAUAUCACUUGAAACUUGCAAGCUAGGCCUAGAUCUACGUCUACACCAUUAAAAUUCAUCAUGUCGAAACGCCUCAAAGAAAUUAUCUUACGAAAUCAUUACAAGCCGACUGAGUACAUAAACAUGAAUAAACCACUGGCACUGAGAGACAGAGUAUCACUGAAAAAGACAAAACCAGAAGCUGCAACCUGUAUUACCGAGAUGGCAGUAUUAAUGUCCUGUUGGAAGCAGCAUGAUUUCACUGAUGCAGACUGUUCAGACGAGAUCAAUCUCUUUAACAAGUGUUUGGCAGAUUCGGAGCUUGUAAAGAGGGAAGCAACUCAGGCUGGGAAAACCGGGACAGCUCAGAAACUCACCAGCAAACAAAUCAAUGAACUAUUAUGGAAGUACCCUCUACCCAAGCAAAAAUGAUGAAAGACUAUGCGUGCAAGAAAAUCAGAAACAUUUAGAAACAGUGAGAAAUUUUGACAAACUGAGAGAUCAUCAGGAGAGUCAGAAUUGAUACGAGUUGAAGACUGGCCGUGAUUUGAAUGUAGCCAGGGUCAAGCUGACGUGGGCGAUUUGACUUUAAGAGGUGGCUUGGUGUUGAUCCAGAAACCUUGAAGGAGCACUACUUCGGUGGAUUCUUUUUAAAACCAAAGAUUUCAAGUCUUGGUAAUGAUGGAAGGAAUAUUGAGAGAAUGCAGUGGUACAUGUGUUUGAACAUUGAAGACACGUUGAAAAGCAGAAGGCUGUCAACUGACUAUUUCUGUGGAGAAGAGAAGAAGGAAUAUUUCAUUUGCUGAAAGCCAGAAGGGCGU